UAAUUCAUUGAGUUUGAGUGUAUCUUUUGAUUAGUCUGUAAUCCCAAGGAAAGGGAUUAAAUGAAAGUAACCUGAUCAUGUUAAAUAGUGGCAGGCUAAGGGCAGGUCCAACUUCAUUUUCUGCAUUCUCUCUUCUUAUCCCUUUGUUAGUUAUUAAAUAAAAGAUGAACUGGCAAGGAGAGGAAGGAAAGAGACCCUGAAAGUCUCUGUUCAUGUGUCCUAGGCUUUCCCUCCUCAUAAGAUGCAAUUGCAGUUUAAGAGAGAGAUCUUUAUUUUCUCAAGGCAUGUGAUAUGGCCAUGUCAGGAGGAAACAGGGAUUUUGCUUUUCUUGCCUUCCCAACCCUUCCUAGUUCCUAUCAACCUCUCUAUUCUGCCAUGUAGAAAAAUUUCUAUGUUCUGGUCACCCAUAUAGUCCACCAGCUCAAUCUCUCCCAUGUCUUCUUAGGAAAAUCUCACCCAUCUCUCUCUCUCUCUCUCUCUUCUCACAAAUAAAAACCCAUCUCCGUUUCACGAUUCUCCACCUGGGUUUCCUCCUAUGAGACUGAGAGGCAGAGUUACCCGUAACAGAACACCCAUUUCUCCGUAGCUCUCUCUCUCUCCUAUAUCACAAUUCUUCUCCUAGGUCUUCCUUCUCUAUGAGAGAAAUGGCUUCUUGUUAACGUAAACCCAUUUCUCCAAACAUUCAGAUCCUCGCCCCCAACCCCCCAACUCUCUCUUCAUUAAAAUCCAUCUCUGUUUCACAAUUCUGCUCCGGGGGUUUCCUCCACAAUGAGAGACAUAGCUUCUUGCUUUAGCGAAUACGCAAUAAACGCAUCUGAUCCUUCUUGUUCUAGUUAUUCCAGCAACAUCAAUGCUUGCAUCUCCCAAAAUCUAAUCCCUUCCGUCCAAAAUUCAGUCACCUCCCUCUACAAUCUUAUCCUUUCCACCCAAAAACAGUUCUCCAUCACCGUAACAUGGACCAAAACCCAUCUGGGUCAAGGCCUCACCAUCAACUUCGGCGACGACCCAUCAUCCCCAAUUUUCAAGCUCUACUCCAAUUCUCGCCUCUUCCGGAAGAAGAAAGGCUCCAAAUCCUUCGAAUCCGACAAUUCGAAGAUCGAAGUCUUCUGGGAUCUCUCCGCCGCUAAAUAUAAUGCCGGCCCCGAACCCGUCAACGGGUUUUACCUAAUCGUCUUCAUCGACUCAGAGCUCGGUCUCGUCCUCGGCGACUUGGCCGGAGAAGCCGCUGCGAAGAAGCGCAAAACCGGCGCUCCGGCGGCGAAACUCUCGCUCGUCUCGCGCCGGGAACACUUCUCCGGCAGCUCGUUUUACUCGACCAGGGCUCGAUUCUGCGACGCCGGAAACGCGCACGAGAUUCUAAUCAGGUGCAAGGGGGAAGACGAAGGGCUGAAGCACCCUGUUCUCUCUGUUUGUAUCGACAAGAAAAAUGUGAUCUGCGUGAAGAGGCUGCAGUGGAAUUUUCGCGGAAACCAAACAAUUUUUGUGGACGGGUUGCUGGUUGAUCUGAUGUGGGAUGUUCAUGAUUGGUUCUUCAACCCGGCGCCGGGGUACGCGGUGUUCAUGUUCAGGACGAGGAGUGGACUGGACAGCAGGUUGUGGUUGGAAGAGAAGAAGGUGCAGAAAGAGCAAGAGAGAGUUGAGUUCUCUUUGUUGAUUUAUGCCUGUAAGAGCCCAUGAAGAAAUUGAACUGACUUAUUAUGAACAAUAAUCCCCAAUUAAUGUUUGUUUUCUGCUCAA